UUGAGGGGUCACAGCUGAUCACUCUGCAUGCACUUACACACUCAACUCUUGUGUUAUGCAUCCUUGUAAGCAAACAGAGCCAGUGGAAAUACUUUUACGCAGUGUUUGCCUCUCUGGUCGUCGUGUCUCGUCCACGGGUGGCGGAUUUUUUGUUGUGUUUGGUGUUUUAGAGUGAAUGGUGAGGAUUACCGGAGCGCUCCAGAAAUCAGCGGCGGUUUUGGAGUUUCACGUCCGGGAUGGCCUCAUCGCGCCAGGACUACAUUGCACCAUGGUGGACCUACUGGCUGCACAAUUUCCCGCAUCUUAAUUUUAAUUUCCAGACGGUUGAUAGCACUUUUAAACCGGAGGACACCAGCUAUCAGCAGUCUCUGAUCUUCCUGGCCUGUGUGUCUGCGGUGGGUCUGGGUUUGAGUCUGCUGGUGCUGUCCGCAUAUCUGACCUGCCUGUGCUGCCGUCGAAGGGAAGAGGCUGAGGAAGUCAAAAGGCCCGACACCUGCUGUGUCACAUGGGCUGCUGUUAUCACCGGUCUGGUCAUAUGUUCAGCGGUGGGCGUGGGUUUCUAUGGAAACAGCGAAACCAAUGAUGGCGUUUACCAGUUGACUUACUCCAUUUAUAAUGCCAAUCACACACUGGGUAGCAUUGGCAGUCUGGUGGGAAACUCAUUGGCUAGUAUGCAGGUCGGGCUGAAAGAACACCUGGAGCGGUUGGAUGAGAUAUUUUCUCCAAGGGGAGACUACACCCAAACCUUGCACUUCAUGCAGCAGAUGGCCAACAACAUUAUCCAGCAGCUGACAGCCAUGCCAGACACAAUGAAGGUGCAAGUGGAUUUGGCAGCCAUCGCGGAUAAAACUUCAUUCAUAGAGUACUACAGAGUCCUCUCUUUCUCUCAUUUCAGUAUUAUGGUGUGUGGCGUACUGACCCUGAUCAUGAGUUGGGCGUCAUUAGGAGCGGGCACAGCCACAGCUGUGGGCACCAGUGACUUUUGUGUCUCUCCUGACAAGUUCAUUGUCAAUCAAACCAAAGACUCCUUAAGUGCGGAUAUAGUGCACUAUUACCUAUACUGCAGCCAGAGUCUUCCCAAUCCGUUCCAGCAGUCUUUGACCAUCUUCCUGAGGUCUCUGACCACCAUGCAGAUACAGGUGCAAGGUUUGCUGCAGUUUACUGUCGCUGUAUAUCCCACCGCAGAGAAAGAUCUUCUUGGAAUUCAGCGGAUCUUGAACUCUUCAGAGUUCCAUUUGCACCAGCUUACCGCCUUGCUGGACUGCCGUAGUCUGCAUAAAGAUUAUCUGGAGGCUCUGCUGGGUGUUUGCUAUGAUGGCGUGGAAGGGCUCCUGUAUCUGUGCCUGUUCUCUCUGCUGGCAGCCUGUGCCUUCUGUGCCCUGCUGUGUGCCGUCCCACAUGUCUGGACCCUCAUCGCCAUCAGGGACAGGGAUUAUGAUGAUAUCGAUGAGGAGGACCCCUUUAACCCGUCGAGACGCAUCACACCGUAUAACCCCAGCAGAGCUCAAGUUCACAGUUUCUGCAGCUACAGCAGCAGCAUGGGCAGCCAGACGAGUCUGCAUCCUCCACUGCAGGCCACAUCCAGCACACCAGAGUACAUGAACCAGUCCAUGCUAUUUGAAAGAAGUCCGCGCUAUGAAAACGUCCCGUUGAUUGGGAGCGGUUCACCACCACCAUCGUAUUCGCCCAGCAUGAGGACCACCUACCUGUCUAUGACUGAUGCCCAAAUCAGACACUUCGGGACAGACGUCCAGAUUUAGUUUUCCUGCUUCCUCGUCCUCAAGAGGUCUCCAGCAGCAUGAGAUGCGUUCCUUUAAUAAGCCAAGUACUGUAGACUGAGAUCUCUCGUCUCAUCUCAAAGGAGGACACCUGUGGAUGUUAAAGCACAAAUUAUAAUGCAUCAAAGGGAGUUCUCAAAGACUGCAUGCCAUCCAAGUCUCAUCUAAAAAGGCAAAGGAUACCUCAGAGGUUUAUGGGUGAGCUCUGAUCAUCUAAAUAUUCGCUUAUUCUCCUCAGGGGCUCGCCAGAUCAUUAAUAAAUAGUUUUCUGUGAUAGCAGCAAACUGGAUCAGCCUGGUGUUCGAGAUUCAGGUUUUGAUUAGCACUUCAGCUUAGGGCAUGCAAAUGGUGAUUAAUAGCUUAAGUAAAUGAUAAAGAAAAAUAAUGGUUUCAUUUUACCACACAAAGGCCUUGAGCUCGAUUAUGAGCCUUUAAUUAAUAUACACUG